CAACCUCCCUUAGUGGACGAUACCCCUGGAGCGUUGCAUUUGCAGCCGUUGAAGAUCGGGACAUUUCAGAGGACAUAGCAGGCGAGUAGAAAAGCCAAGAACGAACAAAAUACCCAUGGAAUACAGGUUUCCACACUGAGUCAUCAAUACUUGGAACCUGCUGCCCGAAGCAGUGGUGUCCGCGCCUUCAAUUGACUCUUUCAAGAGAAGUCUGGACACUCACAGAAGCAUACUAGAAAAGGAAUAACAUAGGCCGUAGGCCUUCUGUCCUUACUAUACAAAUCUGAAUCUGAAUAUAGUAUCCCUUGACUUAUGAAUACUAUUAUCAGCAUGUUGACCUGCAAUUAGUGGGGUUACCUAACAGUUUCUCCUUGUUGAAGUGGAAUGUCAAGUGUCGAUUUAGUGUACUGUGUUGGAAAGAUGAAUGUAUUGCAGAUGGUUAAACAAAUGGAUUCUCUUUCACCGAGAAUUCAAGCCUUAUUAAAAGAAAGUAAUUGUUUCAGGUGUAAUGAAGAAGCAAAUGAUGAAUCUCCAUUUUCUCGAGAUGCUUUAAAGGCUAGAUUGAGUGACCUGGAAUUCCGUGUAACACAGAAUAAAGAAACGGAAAAACCUUUUUCGGGGAAAUAUGUAAAUGAGAAAUCACCUGGAAUAUAUAAAUGUGUUGUCUGUAGCUCAAAGCUGUUUAGCAGUGAAGCGAAAUUCUUCUGUAGUUGUGGCUGGCCUGCAUUUAACAGUCCUAUAGAGUGUAACUCCUUGACCUCAUCCAUUGAUUUGUCAUCAGCAUCAUCACUGGCUCACUACUAUUUCACCUGUGGUCCAGCGAUCAAUAGAUUGGAUACUCAAAUGCUUUUUACAAACCCGAAUCCAUCUUAUGCGGUUUGGCACUUCAAGUCUUCGCAUAAAUUAAUGGAUCAUAUUCUGUUUCGAUUGUCCUGUUUCAAAGUGAAGUCCGUGUAGAAGUUUCUUGCAAGGGAUGCAAUGCUCAUUUAGGACACGUGUUUGACGAUGGCCCUAAACCUACAGGUCUUCGUUAUUGCAUUAAUUCUUGUGCUCUAAUUCUUGAUUCUGAUGUCGGUAGCUGAUCUGGUUUAAAUUUGCCAACUGCUUGAUAUUUUGUUAUUGUUAGAUAUAAUGAUGUUAAUUGUACGUAAGCUAGAAUCAUCCUAGUGUUGCAUUUCUAAUCUCAUGCUUUGUCCCAAAGUCUUAUGAUUAAACUUUGAGGUUUUUCACUUCCGUCUUACUUUUCUAAUUUGUAUUUCCUGUUUUUAUUUGAAUUUAUAAAAGUCGUUUUCUAAUUUUUAAAUUGCUUGUCUUUUAGUCUAAAAUUCAAGUUUUGCUGGGUGUCUACGAAGGGCAUUUUUCCCAAUGGAAUAAACAUUUCUAUUUCAUUGGUAGUUGGAAUCCUUUGUAUUCAUCGUUCCUUGUAUUGUAUACAUGAUAAAAUUCACCUUGUGCUUAAUACAUGUGCAUGAGUUGCUUAUACUUAUUAAAUUCAACCAGUCGUAAGUAUCCACCAUUUAUCACUACUUCUCAUAUCAAUACCUAUUCACAAGCACAGAAUCUGUCCGUACAAUGUGAACAAGCACUUUUAAAAUUGUUUUUGGGAAUGACACCUAGAAAUCAAGGCUUAACCAAAUGAAUUAGUUCUAAAUGGGUUGUAAGUUUUAAAUUCCUUAUUCUAAAAUAUAAAACAUCACUAAUCUACGUGUAGUGCAUUAGCUCUUUAUCCACACUUGACAUUUCUCCUCAUCCCGUUCAAAAAUAAGCACAACACUGAGUUCUGUAAAAUCGUUGAGAUAGGUGACUUGCCUAGAAAAUAUAUAUGAGAUUGACCAAUUCAAAUACGAUUACUUUUUGCAAUUUUGAUUGAUUCUAGGAGGCAUAUUUUUUCGUGUAUGGUUAUUAUCUGCUGAAAUAUUUUGGGAUGCUACCAAGUAUUUGUAUUUACAUUCUCAUAAAGUUUGUACAUUACCAAACACCUUGUUUAGUAAUUUCUGCGUCAUUUAUAUCGUGUUCGCUUUCCGUAGAGUGUUAUUUAUAUGCUUAUCUCUUAGAGUGUAAGACAAAAAUUGUUAUAACUGUACAUUUUUACGAUUCCUAACCUUGUACUGCUAAAUACCUGAAGUAACUUCCUCUCUUGACAAUUUGUCUUAAACAAUUUAAUUACUGGUCCGAUGGUAAGGGAUUAAAGCCUGUUCCAAGUUUGUACCUUUUUGUCUACGUUUUUACGUAUCGUUCAAGUUAUUACAUAGUGAAUUGUACUGAAUGUUCACAGGUAAUAUGGAAACGGUCGCUAAAUUUAGUGUUUGUAUAAGUUAGCUCACACUGUAUUUGGCAAUCAAUA